AUGUCCUCACUCACACCCACGCCCACCAACCACGCCGCAUGGCUUCCAACCCGCCAGUCACCGACCAUGGUGGUCGAUGUGGCGCCAUACACGGCUCCAGAAACAGAUGAACUGGUCAUCCGCGCGCGCGCCGUGGCAAUCAACCCGGCUGACGUGGCGAUCCAAGCCAAAGGGCUCCUGUUGGCCAGCGACGACGAUUAUCCUGCCAUCCUGGGGUGCGAUGUGGCCGGGGACGUGGUGGAAGUCCAUUCUUCGUUGGCCCACGCCUUUUCGACGGGCGAUAGAGUCAUAGGCCAGGCGAGUCCACUUAGGACAAAAAGAAAGGAGAACGACAAAAAACUAUACUGUUACUCGGCGUUCCAGGAAUAUGUGGUCCUGAAGGUGCCAUUCGUCACCAAGAUCCCAGCAUCGACAAAACUCGAGGAUGCCACGGUUCUACCGCUGGCGGUUAAUACUUCUGCGACUUGUCUUUUUGCGCCUGAGUGUUUGGGCCUGAGACUGCCCAGCGGCAACAGGACCCAAGAGAGUCCGGCGAAAGAAGAGGAGACCGAAACUGAGACCUUGUUGGUCUGGGGCGCCAGCAGCAGCGUUGGCUCAUGUGGUGUCCAGUUGGCCACGCUUGCAGGCUACGAGGUAAUUGGAGUCGCCAGUAAGAAAAACCACGACAUGGUCAGAUCGCUCGGUGCGAAGCUUUGCUUCGAUCACCACGACCCGAAGAUGAUUGAUGAUAUUGUGCGUAACUUACAGGGCAAACGGCUCGUGGGUGCCUUUGACGCCAUCUCAACCGAUGACACACUCGCUGCAGUCUGCGACAUCCUGGACCGGUCCGAGGGAAGAAAACUGGUCGCGGCGGUGAUGCCAGGCGCCGAGGCCAAAGCCACCAAGGGGGUUCGGAUUACCACCAACUUUGCGGCCGCGGCCAAUGCUGUGACGGGCGGACUGGGCAAGUCGGUGUGGACAUGGCUUGGAAAAGCAUUGGAUGAGGACAGGAUCAAGUGUAUGCCUCUAGCGCAUGUGGUGGGACAUGGUUUGCAAGAUAUCCAGAAGGCUGUUGACUUCUUGGCUCAGGGAGUCAGUGCGAAGAAACUGGUGGUAGAGAUUUGA